AUGAGCCGUGAGGAAUUCAGCUUGGGAGGCUUGGGUAAUUUAGCCCCAGCGAACGACCGCUCACAACUAAUUCAUCCCGCGCAACCGGAUCGCUACCAAUACGCUGCUCGUCGUUUAGAAGAGGCUCAGGGUAACUCUGGUUACCUUACACUCAAUGGCCACCGCAGAAAGGUCGAUUUCAAGGAAUUGAAGAAUAUUGGCUAUAUCGGCCACGGAAGUUGCGGCACCGUUGAGAAAUACGAAUAUGAAGGCGUUAUAAUGGCGGUUAAGGCGAUGCCGAUUACUCAAAACAGUUAUGAAGUUUCGCGAAUCAUGAUGGACCUCACAGUCAUCUGCAGAUCGUUUGAUUGCCCAUACAUUGUCAAAUGCUAUGGAUAUUUUAUAACCAAUCAAAAUGUCUACGUUUGCAUGGAAUGCAUGGCAACUUGCCUUGAUCGUCUCCUUAAGCUCAUUCAGCAGCCAAUCCCGGAAAACAUAAUUGGAGUGCUUUGCGUUAGCAUUGUUAAGGCUUUGCAUUAUUUGAAGCAUACUCAUAAGAUUAUGCAUCGUGAUGUGAAACCAUCGAACAUUCUUUUGGAUUGGAAUGGCACUAUUAAGCUUUGCGAUUUCGGAAUUGCUGGUCAAUUGAUCGAAUCGCGCGCCCACUCACGUCAGGCAGGAUGUCCGCUUUACAUGGGACCAGAGAGAUUGGAUCCCAACAAUCAGGAUUCCUAUGACAUUCGUAGUGAUGUUUGGUCAUUUGGGCUCACAUUGGUUGAAUUGGCCACUGGAAAGUAUCCGUUUCCGGGAAAUGAGUUCGAAAUGAUGAUGAGCAUCAUCAAUGAUGAUCCACCGCGCUUGAAGCCGUCUGAUGGAUUCACACCGAUGUUUUGCAAUCUUGUUGAGCAAUGCUUGCAGAAAAAACCAGAGAACCGUCCAAACUAUGACGAGCUUCUCGAGCACCCAUUUCUGGAGCAUUACCAGAACACUUCGAUUGACGUCGAAGGCUGGUUCUCCGACGUCAUGGAGGGAUGGGAAACGAAAGAAGCGCAGGAAACGAAACUUAGUGAUCAAUUCACGACAAGCUUACAGCAACAAAUCAAAAUGCUGCAAAUUGAGAACGCGUUUUUACGAAAUCAAACGAAUACCGAAAAUGAAUGUAAAAUACAAUCAAAUGUGCCGCAUCAUCGCUCUGUAAACGAGAUAUCUGUAAACGCUGGCGAAACAUGGUGUCAACUUCCGCCAUUUCAUCCUCCCGUUCACGCGCUGAUACCGGAAAAAGCUGCUCAACGAUUCAAAAGAUUCUCUCACGAAGUUCCGGAAGUUCGAAACUUUCGAGAUCACAGUAUGCCGCGAUCGACAACGAAUUCGUUGCGCGAUAAAUCUUCUAGUUUUAUUGUCAGCGAAUCAGAUCUUCUUGUUGAUUUGGAGCAAAACGAAAGGAAAAAUGCUGUUCUUGAACGUCAACUUAGGCAUUCGAAACAACGAGAACAGGAUCAGGAGAAGGUGAUCAACUCAUUGAGCGCCAAGAUUAAGGAACUUGAAGAGAAGAAUCAACAAUUAACGGGAUACGCGAACACCGAGAAACGAGCCCUUAUGGAAGAGGUGCUGGAAUUGCAGAAGAGAAUCGAUGAGAUGACGCCGGCAAUUGCUGAAAAAGAAAUGAAAAUAGCGCAAAUUGAGAACGAGCGAGCUGAAAUUGCAAACAAGUUGAGGAACGCGAACGUCGAGCAAUCGAAUCUUCAGAUCGAAAUAUCACAGCUUAGAGAAGACAUUUCAAUAAAGAACAAUAAGCUGAAGCGUAUGGGCGAUGACGCCAAAUUAUUGGAAUCGAAAAUCCAAUCUUUGGAGCGAACAAUAGAUGAUUUGAAAAUUCGAGAAGCGAAGUGUUUGGAUGAAAUUAGUCAUUACUCGGAGAAGGUUCGGGAACUUGAAUUGAUUUGCGUUAAUGAUAAACGUCUCAUCGAUCAGGCAAAGGAGGAGAAUACGUUAUUGAUUAAGGAGAACGCAAAAAUUUCGACAAAACUUUCGCAUUUCGAGAAAAAAGAGACUGAAACGGUGAGAGUUGAGAAGCGAGAAGUUAUUCACAGUGAUGAGGAAUUUGAGGAAAUGCGGAGGGCUUUGGAAUCGGAACAAUCAAAUGUGGUAUCUCUUAACGCGAAACUAGAAAUUUUUAAGCAGCGCUGCAAUGACUUACAGAUGGCGCUAUCAGAGCACGAGCUCAUCGAUGAGCAGCAAGCAAGUGAGCGACGACGUGUGGAAAAGGAGCUGAACGCUCUUCAUGCACUUUCCAAAUCCCUCUCGUCAGAAAACAAAAUUUUGAGAGAGGAUAAACUGGCAACUGAUGAAAUCAUAUCGGAUUUAAAACUGAAAGUGAAAACGCUUGAAAACAACGCAAAAGCAUCAGAGGAACUGUUCUUGGAGAAGAAGAAAAUGCACGCGGCCAAGAUUCUCGAGCUCGAAGAAGAAGCAUUAAGAAAACAUCAAAAGUACCUGGAAUUUGAAGAACUUUCCAAGACGCUUCACCAAAUUACUUCACUGCUGCCGAGCAAGACAUCGAGCAUGACUUAUGAAUGCAAGAAAUGA